AUGGCCCGCGACAGUGAUCACAUUGUUAAUGGGAAAUCUGCCGCAACUCAUGACGAGCAUAUCGUAAUCGAACAAGACUCAGAGACGACAUGGGAAUGUCUGAAGGCUAACCCAAAAAUUGUUCUAUGGACAUUAUGGGCUAACAUUGGCCCAUUAAUGGUGGGAUAUGAGAACCUGGCCAUGUCGGUCUGUUUGGCUAUGCCUGCCUUCCAUACUUACAAGUUUCUUGGUAGAAUGAGGUUUUCUGUCAAUGUCAACGGCGAGCUCAUCAUCCCCGCCUACUGGCAGUCUCUUUGGAGUUCCUUGUAUAACGUCACAACUAUGCUUGGGUCUGUUUCCGCAGGUUUUCUUCAAGACCGAUUUGGCCGGCGAUCUGUCUUUCUCGCUUCCUCUAUCAUUGCGGCAGCUGGUAUUGCGCUGACGUUUGUCUCAAAGACUCCGGCGGAGUUCCUUGGUGGCAAAAUGACAUCCGGUUUCGCGAUGGGUUUGAUUCUAGCCGGGACUCAGACUUGGGUCUCGGAGAUUGCGCCAUUACCUAUGCGAGGUAUUGCUCUUUCAACAUAUGCAAUCAUGUUGAACCUUGGACUCUUGCUUGCUAUUUCAGCAACCUUUAGUCGAAUCUCCAUUAUGAAUGACUCGGCUUUCCGUGUUGUAUUUGCUGCGGCUUGGACUUUCCCCGCCUUACUAGCACUUGGACUGCCUUUUAUGCCCGAGUCACCCUACUGGUUGACUUUGAAGGACAAACAUGACGAAGCACGACGCGCGCUUAUUCGUCUUUCAGCAAAUUGCGACGGUAUUGAUGCCCGACUGGUCCAGAUACAACACUCCAUUGAGACCGAACGUCGGCUUGCGGCUCAGAAGACGUCAUAUGCUGAGCUAUUCCGAGGUACCAAUCUGCGCCGCACACGCAUACUGCUGGUAUGCAUGUAUAUGCCCCAGAUUGUUGGAACCGUUCUCUCCUCCAAUGCGCCUUACUUCCUCAACCAGACUGGCAUGGACAAUCAUACCACUGUUAUGCUUUUGCAAAUAGCUGUCAGCUGUGGUGUUGUCUCCGCGGUCCUGAAUGUGUUUGCCAUGUUCAGGAUCAACUACCGGACACUGAUGUUCUUCGGAGUCAGUGUCUGCCUCGCUAUGUAUUUGGCUAUGGGUAUUGCUGGUACCAUGGCACGUACAUCAGUACCACUCACAGUGAUCGGUGUUGCAGUUGCAUUUCCCAGUAUAUCUUAUGGGCCUGCCGUCGGGGCAUCUAUGAGUGUCGCUGGAGAAGUGUCCUCUAUUAAGCUUCGUGCCAAGUCUUUGGCACUAGGUCAAGCCUUUUCAUCACUCAUGUCAACCAUCUGGCAAAUCAUUUUGCCAUACCUAUUCAAUCGAGACCAGGCUAAUAUGGGUGGAAAUAUUGGCUGGAUAUUUUUCGGCAUGGCAGCCAUCUAUUUUGUGGUCCUUUAUUUUGACGUUCCGGAAACGAAAGGCCGGACAUAUGGGGAGUUAGAUCUUAUGUUUGAGAAGAAGGUUCCUGCAAGGCAUUUUGCUUCCUAUGAGUCAGAGGGAAUGAACGAACUUGAGGUCUCUACCUCCCUGGCUUAG